AUGGUUAAGAUUCAUUCUCCGAAAUACACAUUAAAGGAAGUGGACUUCAAACAUGUCCCAUACGGUGAAGUUUGUCAGGCUAUAUGCCGUAGGAAUUCGUUAUUAUCAACAUUGAAUCCUUUACGUCUAUUGCCUGGUGAGUCUUACAAGGAUAGGGCAUUUAGCUUAUGUGGACCACUCGGGGAUAAUGAUUCUCAUGUGCAAAAGGAUAUGGAGACAAUUGGGACAUCUAUUUUGGAGGUCAGGACAAGUUCUUGUCUUGUUAAGCGAUAUGCUUCCAUUGAUACUGGCAGUGAUCUUGUAUGGAUUAACUGCAAACCUUGCAACUCAUGUCCUGAGAAAGAAAAUCCUCCAUUUGAUGAAACAACUUCUCUCACAUAUCAUAGGUUCCCUUGCCUUUCUUUAGUAUGUACCAAAGAAGAAGAUUUCUCAUGUUCGGAUAAUCGAUUCUGCAACUUCCGAAGAACAUAUCAAGAUGACACAGAAGUGAAGGGAGAGCUUGGCAUUGACAUUGUUCUGAUCCCCCUUGCAAAUGAGCCAAAGUUUGCAAACUUGAGCUUCUUCACCUUCGGUUGUGCCCACUACAGUAAUGGUAGUUAUAACCGGCAGACUGAAGACGGUCUUUUAGGACUUGGCAGAGGGACACUGUCAUUCAUCAACCAGUUGAAAGCCGAAAGAUUCUCACAUUGCUUCCCUCCAUUAUAUAGAAACGACGGGAGAGGAGAAAUGAAGUUUGGUUCAAAUGCUGAACUUAUUGGAGGACGAACACCAAUGUUAGAUGUCCCUGGGAGACAAUUCAAUUACUUUGUAAAGUUGCAAGGUAUCAGUGUGGGUGAUGUCAGACUGGACCUUCCAGACAGAUACUUUGAUCUAAGAUCAGAUGGCAAUGGAGGUUUCAUUAUCGACUCCGGGACGGCAUUAUCAACCCUUUCCGACUAUGCUUACUACUCAAUGUUACCAAUGCUGGACAAAGCCAUUGGAGUUAAGCGAGUGGAAGAGUACAUGUAUCCAUACCAGACAUGCUACUGGCCUACAGAAAGGCAGAUAAGAAGAGUUAGCUUAACUUAUCACUUUGCCGGAAUCGACAUCGCCUUUUAUAGCUCAGGAGUGUUUGCAAAAUUAAACAGUUACAUAAUGUGUCUCUCCAUUAAUCCUAAUGGAGAUAUUGGACCUUCGGUUCUUGGUGCAUUAGGCCAGACGGAUUUGAAUAUUGGUUAUGAUCUCAGUGGUAACUUUAUUUUCAUGAAACCAAGGUUGUGUUAAAUAACCGGAAUUGGCUCA